UCCAGCGCACCGCCACGCACCGCCGCCGCUGCCGCCCGCCGGGCUGAGGGAGAGGAGCGGGCGAGGGGAGGGGGAAGGGCAGCCUCCGCCGGGGACCUCCGCCCGCCGCCGCCGCCGCCGUCGCCGGCCGGCCUGCCCACUUCACCUCAUCGCUGCCGCCGCCUCUCCUGCUCCUACUCCCGCUCCUGCUCCUCCUCCCGCGCCGCCGCCUCCGCCGCCGCCGCUAUGGGAGUCCAGGGCUUCCAGGAUUACAUCGAGAAACACUGCCCAAGCGCCGUGGUCCCGGUGGAGCUGCAGAAGCUGGCCCGGGGCAGCCUGGUGGGCGGCGGCCGCCAGCGGCCCCCCCAGACCCCGCUGCGCCUCCUCAUCGACGCGGACAACUGCCUGCACCGUCUCUACGGCGGCUUCUACACGGACUGGGUGAGCGGCGGCCAGUGGAACCACAUGCUGGGCUACCUGGCGGCCCUGGCCAAGGCCUGCUUCAACGGCAACAUUGAGCUCUUCGUCUUCUUCAACGGGGCCCUGGAGAAGGCCCGGCUGCACGAGUGGGUGAAGCGCCAGGGCAACGAGCGCCAGACGGCCCAGCAGAUCGUCAGCCACGUCCAGAACAAGGGGACCCCGCCGCCCAAGGUCUGGUUCCUGCCGCCCGUCUGCAUGGCCCACUGCAUCCGACUGGCCCUCAUCCGCUUCCACAUCAAGGUUGCACAGAGCAUUGAGGAUCAUCAUCAAGAAGUAAUUGCUUUCUGCAGAGAAAAUGGUUUCCAUGGCUUGGUUGCAUAUGACUCUGAUUAUGCAUUGUGCAACAUCCCCUACUAUUUCAGUGCCCAUGCCCUAAAACUGAGCCGUAAUGGGAAAAGUCUCACAACAAGCCAAUAUCUGAUGCAUGAAGUUGCCAAGCAACUGGACCUGAAUCCAAAUCGUUUUCCUAUUUUUGCUGCUCUAUUAGGUAAUCACAUUCUACCUGAUGAAGAUUUGGCUUCCUUUCAUUGGAGUUUACUUGGUCCAGAACAUCCACUAGCCUCACUUAAGUGUAGUUCGCCAGGCCCAGAUGAACUAUAUCCCAGGGUACUGAAAGAUCUGGUGGAUGUGAUUGCUAAGCCACUGUCAGUGAUGUUUGAAAGUCCAUGGAGAACAAGAGAGGUACGGGCUCACCAGCUAGUUUUACCACCUUGUGAUGUAGUGAUCAAAGCUGUUGCCGAUUACGUUCGUAAUAUUCAGGAUACCACUGAUUUGGAUGCCAUAGCUAAAGAUGUUUUUCAACAUUCACAGUCUAGAACAGAUGACAAAGUUACUCGAUUUAAGAGAGCCGUUGGAUAUUAUUCAGCGACUAGUAAGCCUAUGCCAUUUCAUCCACAACAUUACUUAGCCAGACCAAAUCAGUUUGGAAUGCCUGGGAUAGUGCCACCGUACGUUCCCCCUCAGAUGCUUAACAUUCCACAGACCUCUAUACAAGCAAAACCUGUUGCCCAGCAGAUGUCUAGCCCAGGUGGUGCUCCAGGUCAGGGUCCAUACCCGUAUAGUCUCUCUGAGCCGGCUAUCACCUUGGAAACAAGUGGAAAAAAUUUGUCUGAGCAGAACAACUAUAGUAACAUUCCUCAUGAAGGAAAACAUACUCCAUUGUAUGAGCGAUCCUCUCCAAUAAAUCCAGCUCAGAGUGGCAGCCCUAACCAUGUGGAUUCAGCCUAUUUUCCUCCCUCUUCGACAUCAUCAUCAUCUGAUAAUGAUGAAGGCAAUGGAGGAGCUACAAACCAUGUCAGUGGGAACAAAGUUGGCUGGGAAAAGACAGGAAACCAGUCAGAAACUCAAGCACGUGGAGAUCCAGGAGACCAAACAAAGGCAGAAGGUUCUUCUACUGCCUCUUCAGGAAGCCAGAUAACUGAAGGGAAAGGGAACCAAGCCAACACUGCACAAAUCCCCUGCCUUUUGUCAAUGCCCACCAGGAACCACAUGGAUAUUACCACACCUCCAUUACCUCCUGUUGCACCAGAAGUAUUGAGAGUAGCAGAGCACAGGCACAAGAAGGGGUUAAUGUAUCCCUACAUCUUUCAUAUUCUUACAAAGGGUGAAAUCAAAAUUGCUGUUUCUAUUGAAGAUGAAGCCAACAAAGACCUGCCUCCUGCUGCUCUGCUUUAUAGGCCAGUUCGUCAGUAUGUUUACGGAGUCCUGUUUAGUUUGGCAGAAAGCAGAAAGAAAACUGAAAGACUUGCUUUUAGAAAGAACAGACUUCCACCAGAAUUUUCGCCAGUGAUAAUUAAAGAAUGGGCUGCUUACAAAGGAAAAUCUCCCCAAACACCGGAACUGGUGGAAGCACUUGCAUUCAGGGAGUGGACCUGUCCUAACCUGAAGAAACUGUGGCUGGGGAAAGCAGUAGAAGAUAAGAAUAGAAGAAUGAGAGCAUUUUUGGCCUGUAUGAGAUCAGAUACACCAGCAAUGCUCAAUCCAACUAAUGUGCCCACUCACCUUAUGGUGCUCUGCUGUGUAUUACGGUAUAUGGUGCAGUGGCCAGGAGUACGGAUACUGCGUCGCCAGGAACUUGAUGCCUUCCUGGCUCAGGCAUUGUCUCCCAAACUUUAUGAGCCUGAUCAGCUACAGGAACUCAAGAUUGAGAACCUAGAUCCACGAGGAAUUCAGCUGUCAGCUUUGUUCAUGAGUGGUGUGGAUAUGGCGCUCUUUGCAAAUGACGCAUGUGGACAGCCAAUUCCUUGGGAGCACUGCUGUCCUUGGAUGUAUUUUGAUGGAAAACUCUUCCAAACCAAACUCAUCAAAGCAAGCCGGGAGAAAAUUCCACUCAUUGACCUCUGUGAUGGUCAGGCUGAGCAGGCUGCCAAGGUAGAAAAGAUGCGCCAAAGCAUCCUGGAAGGAUUAAAUUUCUCCCGGCAGAAUCAUCCACUCCCUUUUCCACCUCCUCCUGCUCUGCCUUUCUAUCCAACUUCAAUGUAUCCUCGACACUUUGGGCCAGUCCCACCACCUCAGGGCAGGGGUAGAGGUUUUGCUGGAGUCUAUGGCUUUGGAGGCCCUUAUGGGGAAACAGUAGCGACAGGUGCUUACCGUGCCUUCCGGGUGACAGCCACAGCAGGACACUCCGCAGCCUUCUCUGGCAGUGACAGCAGCAGGACUAGCAAGUUACAGGGCGGAGUCCAACCUAUUCCUUCUCAGGGAGGGAAAUUAGAAAUAGCUGGCACUGUUGUUGGUCAUUGGGCUGGAAGCAGACGAGGACGAGGUGGACGAGGGCCUUUCCCUCUACAAGUAGUUUCUGUGGGAGGACCAGCGAGAGGGCGUCCAAGAGGAGUUAUUUCCACACCAGUGAUUAGAACGUUUGGAAGAGGUGGAAGGUACUAUGGAAGAGGUUAUAAAAGCCAGGGAGCAAUUCAGGGUAAACCUCCUUAUGCUGCUUCAGCAGAAGAAGUGGCCAAAGAACUUAAGUCAAAAUCAGAGGAAUCUAAAUCCUCAGUCGUGUCUUCAGAUGGAUCCCUGGCUGAAAAUGGAGUAGUGAAUGAGGAGAAACCAGCUUCCCAGAUGAAUGGGAAUACAGCAGAUGGCAGGGCUUCCAACCAGUCUGAAAGUGCCUUGAGUAAUGACUCUAAAAUGUGCAAUACAAAUCCUCACUUAAAUGCACUAAAUGCAGACAGUGUUUGCCAUAAAGAUGAUACUCUUGAGGCAGCUGUCUUAAAAAAAGAAGAGUAAACUUAUUUUUUAUAGAGGGUGAAGGAUGUUGGAAUGGUAAGGAUUAGGAAUAUCUGGAAAGAAAGAGAGCCUACAGUUAUGUACAUUUUUUCCUUUCCGUAAGAGAAAAAUGAGGACUUUGGAAAUUCGGAUCCCUCUUUGAUGUCAGAGAUUUAAACAACACAUUUUUAGUUUUAACCAGUUGUAGUCAAAAUGCUACAAUAAAACACACAAAAAAAAGAAAGAAAAUGAAGAGCAUUUGACUCCCGCACUUAAAAUGAAGUAUACAUAAAGUUUAAACUGGUUAUGACAAAAGCUUGUAGUUUUGUUUCUUGAAAUAUAAAGAAAACAAAUUUUGGCAGUCUUUAAGUAUAUAUAGCUUAAAAUAUAAUUUUUAGUAUUUGGCACCAUAUGUAUGCCAUUAUAUUUGAUUUUGCAUUACUGUGUCACAAUAAAAGCUUUCUUUAAGGCUUUAAUUUCAUGAUUAUGAAAAAAAUAAGGCACAACCACAGUUUUUCUUUAUUAAAAUUUCAUCACUGUUGAUGUGGUUCUUUUGUGUUAAAAAUGUGCAACUAUCGAAACUAAAAAUUAUAGAGUAAUCUUGCAGUUCUGCUGAUUUUCACUCUACAGUACGUCAUACAUACUUUACAAGCAAGUUCAAUGGAGAUAAACUUGAAAUCAUAGAAGAUGCAAAUGACCUUUCAAAAUCAACACAAUGUGUUCUGAAACUUUUUGUGACUAAUACCAUGCAUCCGUGAUCAAUGAACUAUGUGGUUUUGAAUCGGACGUAGACCAUUAGUACUACUAUUUGAGCUAAACUUCUGCAUGGUUCAUAAUUUUUAAAGUGUGUAGUUAAUAUUAUGCAUGUUAUUGUCCUUUCUUCCAUUCUUACAAGUACUGUGCCCAUUUGCAAAACAAAAAAGCUAAUAAUCAGUAAUAGUCCUAUAAAAGAUGUUAACUAUGUUUAGUCAUUGACUGAUCUUGCUCUAACCUUAAAAUUUUGUGAUUAUUGACCUCUGUUGCAUUUAUUCUAAAACUUAAAAAAAUUAUCUAGCCGUUUUGAAUAUCAACGUUACCCUGGUGUACUCAUUGCUGUAUGCAUUAUUGUUCUCUGUUGCUGUUUUUUGCCUUCAUAUUAGCAAAUAUGAAAUUCUGUGAAAAACAAAAAAAAAGCUUUGAUCUUCAAAAACUACCCCCCUUCUGUAGCAGGAAACAAAUUGCUUGUUCUUGAGAACUUUCCCAUCAAGAAUUUAGUAUAAGCAAAUAUACCUGUAUCAUUUUGAUGUUUUUGUUAGUGUUUCCAAACUUAAUGUACUUCGAAAUCAGAAUCAUUUCUUUAUAUUCGUUUUCAUAUAAUUCUCCUGAUGCUCUUCAUCACACAUUAGUGAUCAGAAAUGAGGUGUAAUUCCCCAUUCCCUGCCCGCAAGAGCUAAGUAGGUAUCUUAAUGUAAGUUGAAGGGAGUUCUGCCCUAACUCAUGGAUUGUGCAAGAAUGAACUACUGUUGGGUUUGAUUGACUGUAGAUGGAUUGUGGUGUGGUGUAUUUGAAGGCUAUUGAAUGCAACUUACAAUGCUUAAUAAAAAUCUUUAUUCUUUUAGUAUAAA